GAAUUGCCCAACACUUUUACGUACGGUCAUACUUUUUAUUGCUACAACUCGCUGUUUAGUGUUUUUCCACAAAGUUUUCCACUAUUUACACCACUUCGCGAUUGUCGAAAGCGAAAACAAACAAAAAACGAAUCGCGCUAAUCCCGGCGGCCAGCUGCAGUCCAACGCCAAAUCGGAAUCCGCCGAGACAAGGAUAAGCGCUAAAUCCACUCUGAAAUGCCCGUGAAGAAUGGGGAAUCCGAUGGCGAAGGCGACGUUUCUGGCGGAGAAUCGGAGCACACGAAUUCCAGCCAGGCACACGACACCUCCGACGAGGAGGAGGCCAACGAAUGCGACUCCGAUGACUCCUCCGAGCUGGAUGCCAGCGAAAUAGAGCGCCGGCGGUCCGAGUAUAUUGAGGAUUUGGUGAGCUUGGAGCGGCAGUUCAACACGUUGCGGGAACAGUACUACUUCGAGCGCAUCAAUCUCAUCGAACGGCAACUGGCCGAGGUGCGUUCCGGGCGCUCCGAGGAGUUUGUCCAGCCGCAAAAGGAACUGGACAAGGUGUACCGCACCAGGAUCGAGGUGGCGGAUGUUCUGCGCAAGUACCGCCUGCAGAACAUCGAGCACAAAUUCCAGUCCGAGGAACAGGCGGCCGUCCAGCACUUUGAGAGCGAGAAGUACAUGGCGGUGGACAACCUGCGCGAGGAGUUCGUGGACCGCAUCCGUCGCCUGGAGGAGGAUCGCCACAACGUGGACAUCUCGUGGGCCGACUGGGGCACCGACAAGCGGCAGAGCAAGGUGCGCGGACCGGGUCGCAAGAAGGCCGUCACCGUCACGGGCCCCUACGUGGUGUACAUGCUGCGCGAAGAGGACAUCAUGGAGGACUGGACGGUAAUACGCAAGGCGCUCAAGCGUUCCUCCUCGUCGGCCACCGCCGGCACAGUAGCGCCCACAUCCGGCGUGAGCGUCAGCUUGGCCGGAUUGCCGGCAAUGGCGGGGGCCAGCGGAUAGCGGUGGGGCGUGGCAGCUGCCGCCUACGCCCAACUGACGCGUACCUGACGCCCGCGGCCGAGAACGCAGCAGCCGUAGUCGUAGAUGUAGCUGCAGCGAGCCACCAGUAGCCGUAGCAGAGCUCCCCUCGAGCCCGAAUCAGACUUAUAUUGCGUGCUAAGUUCGUCAAGAUUGCAAUGCUCGCCCGCGCCCCCAUCCUCACCUUCUUCCCCUAGAUUUUAGUCGUAGAGCCUUGCGAGCACCACUCUCAGAUUAUUGUGUCCCUCAUCCAGAUGAUGUGUGUAAUUUAUGCUAAAAGUUAAGUGGAAAUAAAAGCAAACUGCAGCCAAUUGGGCAUGCGGUCAACAGAAAUGAA